UACAAUAGAAAGCCGUCAGAACACUAGACUGUGUACUAUACGUGAAUAAGGCUUUUAGAUAUAAACAAACCACAAAGAUAAAUGAUAAUGUCCUUUGCCCGCCUCGGUAGAUGGCAUCCGUCACGGAAGAAAUACAACAGCCCAUUUUGUUUUUAAUUCAAUGACUGUGAAUUCAUUACUUUAGACACGUUGAGACUCAUUCAAGAUGGCGGGUUACCUUUGAGGAGACCAGACAUUAUCCACAGUCCUUAUUUUCAUCUCAAAGACGGAAUACAAAUAGAUGGAAUCCUGGGGUAUCCUGUGUGCAGUUGCCUUGCUGUGUAUAUUGCCAACAGUCCAUCCUGAGAAGAAAUUGCUAUGUUACAUGACAGAAGGCGAUGAAUGCGGUCCACACAAUGGCAAAUGUUACGUGUCAUUCAAUGGAACACACGUUUUCAUCUACCAUAAAAACAAGGAGUCGCUAGAGUUCAGCAUGGAACUUUCAAGAAACGACUCAAACUCGAAAAUCUCAGCGUGUCCGUUUGACGAAACAACGGAGACAUGUUUUAUACGCACCACCACUGUACAGGAGGGCGCUACUGAUCCAGACUUCUACAUCUACAAUGGCACUUGGGUUGAAAAGUAUGAAGGUGCAUUUGAUUAUAAGGACUGCCCAUGUGACGGCUACCAUAAUUAUGAGAAAUCUUACAGGUUCUAUGGCUUAAAAACGUCUUACAACCAAGUUUACUGGGCACAUUACGAUGUAGCCGAUGCUCCACCGGACGCUGGUACCAGAGCCAACGAAACCAUUCCAGGAUGUGAACCCGCGUUCGUUUGGUAUCUGGGUAGAGAAGCGGUGGAAUACCCUCCCUCUGAUCUAAUCUCGAAAAUGAUAAGGAAGCUACCGACCAUACGAGACACAAUUCUUAAAGCCGAGCCUGCAACGCGUUCUUUUGAACAAGAGGCCAAUCCUGAUAACAAUACCAUGUGCUGGGUGGACCUGGAAAGAUUGAGGGCAUGGACGACCCUACAGAAACCCAGGUUCGUUGACAAACCUGGAAAUAAGGCUGUUGAUGUUCAGUAUGGAGGGAAGAUUACGUACGAUCAAAUAUGGCAUCUUUUUCAGAUAGGAUUGAGACUCAGAAACCGGUUUCCAAAGCUGCUUGCUUCAUUCAACAGGACACUUUUCAACUUCAAAACCGCUGAUGUGGAAAAUAUACGGGAUAGUGGAUUGGAAGUUGGGGCAGGCGUUUUUAAUGUCACAGGUCUGUGGUUUGUAGAAAAGGAUAGAAAUCGGCGUAAAUUUCUAUCAAAAGUUCCCUUCGAAGCUGUGGGUCAGUCAGCUGAUCACCUACUGUCUUAUCACACCAGUUGUUACAAAUAUUUUAAGCAAUCAAGCUAUGUACAACAGGAGGAGAAAUUUAUGAACAGUGUUCCCGUUCAAAGGAUGAUACAAGGUCUGAAAAAACGACUGGGACUGAAGCAUUUAUCGUUCGGUGACGCAAGAUUAGCAUAUGAAGCCUGUCGUAGUGAGGAUGUGUUGUAUGAGAAGGGGGGAGACUAUGGGCCGUCUCCAUGGUGUGCGAUUUUUACCGAAGAAGACCUCAAGGUGAUGGAAUAUAUGGAGGAUUUAGUAACGUACGCCAAAGUUGGCUAUGGCAGAGCCAUAAACCAACUGAUGACUUGUGAAUUAGUCGAUGAUUUGGUUACCUAUGUGGAGCAAGUCAAAGAAGGAAAGAUAAACAUGAGUGGAGUAUUCCGGUUUGCGUCAAAAGAUGUGCUUCUGUCUUUCUUCACAGUAAUGGGCCUUUUCAAGGACAAGUUGGCCCCGGUAGCUGGAAACUACGAGACGCAAAGAGAUCGCAAAUGGCGAACAAGCCUUAUUGCUGGUUUUGCUUCCAACCUUCAGGCUGCCCUCUAUACUUGUCCCAUGGAUCCCCAAACCAAUAAAACAAAGGCAUACGUUCAAAUAAUGGUUAAUGAGAAGGAAAGAUUGUUCCCAGGUUGUGAUUCAGCUUUCUGUGAUUAUGAUAUUUUCUACAAAAAACUGAAGCCUUUUGCACAAGCUUGCGACUUUCAGAGGAUAUGUGGAGAUAUUGAAGUGUCUUGGAGAAGGAGCGCCGGUUUUUCUUUACAUGCUUCUGCUCAAAAUGCCAUGUAUUUGUUGAUGGCUGUACUUACAUAUAUCUGCAUCUUCAAAAGCCAUCAGGUUUAAGUCAUCGAAAACAACUUAAAACUUCAACGGCCAUUAAUUAGUUUAACUUGUGGUCGGGUAUGACUUUUCAAUGGAUGUCAUAAUUAUGCAACAUGCAAAUAAAGACUGAUGACAUUAAUAUAGUGUUAAGGAUUAUGGACCUAGGUGCUAGCAACUAAUGUUAAAUGAAAACCCAAAUAUCGUUGAACGCCUACUACCACGUAAAUGUUGGUCUUUCCUUAUACACCAGUAUUUAGAUGUACUAAUGGAUUAUUCAAGAGCAUAAGCAAAAACACCUUUUUCAUGAUGAUAUUUUCCUCUUUAAAGAAAACAUGAAACUGAGUGCCUUCUUCUGGUAAGCGCUCUUCUUAAAACCCUUAUGAUUGUCAUCAGUAUGUCAAGUGUUACGCUCGUGUGACAUGGAUUAAAUUUGGUAUUUCCUCAAAGAAUAAUUAUGUU